AAAUGUAAUUGUUAAUGACAAUAGGUAUGAAAAAGUGACGAUCUUUUUACCCAACACCUUUGUCCCCACCACUAACACUCCCCUCAAAAAUCAUCACUUUGUCAUCAUCAAAGAAAGGCCACUCGAAUUCCACUCAGGAAAAAAGAACAGGAAAAACAAAACAAAAAUCACGCUUUAUUUCUCUAUAAAAACCUUCAAAUCCCUAAUUCUGGUAACUAAUAUGGCGGCCAACCAGCCAGAAGGCUACGCUUCCGAUGACUUCCUCGAGCAAAUCCUUGCGAUCCCUUCGUAUGGCGGGCUCGCAGGAGCCGACGCCGCUAACUCCUCGGAGACUUCGUCACUAAGUGAUGCUGUCUCCCAGCUAGGUCCAUCUCCGGCCGCCGGCCUCCACCAUCCGCCGGCGAUGUUUCCUCUGAGCCUUAGCCUUGAUAACGGUCGAGACGCUGUAAAUGAACACGGAACCUUUGCAGUGAAGCCAGAAAGGGAAGCAGCUAAUAAUAGUAUAGGGAGCUUGUAUCCAGUGUUUGAUCAUUUACAGUCUCAUGCAUUUCGCCACCCUGCGCCUCAAGUUCAACAGGCCUUUCAAGGUAUGCCAACUGCAAGCACGGCUGUCACUGUGCCACAUCCACCAGUCAUCAGGCCUAGGGUUCGGGCAAGAAGAGGCCAAGCAACAGAUCCCCAUAGUAUCGCUGAGCGGUUGCGUAGAGAAAGGAUAUCAGAGAGGAUCAAGGCCCUGCAAGAACUUGUUCCCAGCUGCAACAAGACUGAUAGGGCUGCUAUGCUUGAUGAGAUACUGGACUAUGUGAAGUUCUUGAGGCUUCAAGUCAAGGUUUUGAGUAUGAGUCGACUUGGUGGUGCUGGUGCAGUGGCUCAACUUGUUGCCGAUAUACCCUUUCAGCCCAUUGAGGACGAUUCCAGUGAAAACCAGCACGUGUGGGAAAAGUGGUCGAACGAGGAAACAGAGAGUGAGGUGGCUAAACUCAUGGAAGAGGAUGUGGGGGCCGCAAUGCAAUUCCUUCAGUCGAAAUCACUCUGCAUCAUGCCUAUUUCACUUGCAGCCCUCAUCUAUCCCAUUAACCAAACGGAUGACUCGAGUCUCAUCAAACCUGAGCCCCCAGCCCCUCUGUAAAUAAGAAAGUCACGUCUUAAUUGCAAUGCCCCUAUAAAAAACUCAUUUAGAUCCAACAUGCGUAUUUAAAUGUAUCUACAUAAUCUCCCUUUUGUGCUCUUUCGCAUGGCAAUGCCAGAGCUUUUUCUUUCUCCUUUGGUGACUGGUCGUGAAAUGGAUGGAGGCACUUUUAUGAAGUCGGGUGUUUAUUGAUUUGGAGACUUUUGUUUCGGCUGGUGGUUCGCUCGUCGUUUUCCGGUUGGUGGGUUGGUGAAGGGAAGUGUGGCUGUUUGGGGACUUUCUGGCCUUUUGGUUUUUGGUACACGAGGAUAAUAGCAUGAGGGUCAUAUUUGACCGUUGUGUUAUUAUGAUUGUCUCUGAAGUUCCUGGAAUCUGAUGUGCUCUCAGAGUACCGCAAAACUCGAAGAAUUUCACUUGGCGUAAUAUAUUCUUUCCUUUGUCUUCUCCCCUUCAGAUAUUUUAUUUUUUCGUUUCAAUUAUUGUUUUUCCUCGUAUUUGUUAAGAAGAGUGUGACAAUCUGAACAGAAGACCUACCGUAACUGGAACAUGAUAUA